ACGAUCGGACGUAGCGAGGACCAGCCAGCAGACUGGGAACGGUUCAGAGUGCCCUACGACUGCGUCGCGUUCGCAUCCCCUGCCUCCUCGAUCGUGAUACACGAAAUCUCUAAAUCCAAGUCCGAACAAUUUCCACCUAACAAUCUCCAAAAACUAGUGACCAGUGAUAAACGAGAAAACAUCACCAAAGACAGUGAUCACCAAGUGUCAAUAGUGAUCCAUCAUUGGAUCAUCGUUAAAUUCAUAUUUCUCUCAUAAACAAAAUUCUUCAGAUUAAUUCUUCGCAUGAUGUUUCGAAUCGGAAACACCAGUUGAUCGAUUAAUUAAUCUAUGAUGUCCGCUCGAGGACAAGGUUACUCGUAGAUCUAGAGGAUCAUCCAUCGAUCGAAUCGAAUCGAAUCGAAUUUUCCGCUGGAAAACAACGCGGAUUCGGUCGCGAGAGGUCCAGAAGACGAUCGAGAACGAUGCGUUGAGGAGCAUCGAUCGUAGAGACGAAGGAGAGCGCGGGGAUGAGCGAGGGGUUCAAUUAAAGCGUGCCAGAAGCGCGUCAGCGAGCGAGGAGUACGGGAGGAAAAUAUUAGUCGCGAAGAACACGGCUUGCUAUGUUGUCCGUCGUUAUCGUAACCGCGAAACAAAGGUCGCGUUGAACCGACACGAUACCAGCUGCUUCUUUUCUUCUGUGACAGUGCAGGAUUUUGUGAUUCUCGUGGGACAACGUUUUCGGGGGAGACGAUUAAGGUUGAUCGAUGGUGGACGAUCGAUGGUAUCAAACGAUCGUGAUUCGGCGCGAGUGAAACUUGCCAGUGAUAAGAUAGGAGGAUUUUUGGAAGCGUUCCAGACGAGGAUACACAAAACGUGGACAAUGAAGUGGUGCUUGGUGAUGCUGAUUUUGGCCGGUGUCACUCGGGCCGACAACUCCGUCGAGUCGAAGUAUAUGAACUUCAGAUGCCCUCAGCUGAAUUCGCAGGAAGAGAUAGAUCUUAAUGCGAUAAUGGGCAAAUGGUACGUGGUGGAAGUGUUGGAGCACAAAGUCGACCCUCUGAAACCUUUGAGCGGAUCGUACGUGGUGAACUCUUGUCCGAUAGUGAAGCUGAGAGCGAUCGAGAACGCGGCCAAGUUUUUCUCCUCGUUGAGGCUCUUGUGGUCCGAGGAGAUGGGCAAUCUUGAGUACACUUUUCGAAUACCGGACAUCACCAGGAAGCCGGGUUUCUGGAUCUCCGAUUCUCAGCAAAACGGUACUCUGGUGCAGAAACAGUACUCGCAGUUCACCGGGAACGUGUACGUGAUGAAAGCAGUCGCAUCGGACAUGGUGUUGACUUUCUGCGCCGGAAGUCCUGACAAUCAGCUUUACUCGCUGCUCCUGGCGCGCGAGCAUAUCCUCUCGAAGAGCGACAAGCGUGGCGUCCACAACCUCCUCGUUCGUCGUGGCCUGAAGAUCGUCAACAUCCGAGAGACUUGUAUGAACAGCGCUGCCUUUCGAAGAGCUUCCAUCAAUCUGAUCGGUUUACUCGGAUUGAUGGGGGUGUUGUUCAACGCUCUCUUCGGCUCCUGGUAGUGGUGAUCGUUGAUAAGAAAAAAACGAUCGAAUUUCUGAGAAAAAUCGUUAGCUGACUUGGGCUGAUCAUUCGCGACGAUUCUCUUUCCUUUCUUCCGUUCGAGAAUCGUGGCACGUUUUUCAUUUUUGGGAUCAGCAGAGGAGAGAGCAGAGGAUGACAAUAUUGCAGAGGGUGUUUGAGAAAUGAUAUCAAUUGGAUCAUCGUUAACGAUACUGCCAUCGACGCUAAGGGAUUAUUCAAAGAUUCUAUCUUUUAUUUCAACAAUCAUUCAGUAAUUUUAUUUUUUUCCAUAGGUGAUCCUGAAACACCUUCAAAAUUGAAUGCUGCGCUAAUUAAGCUGUCGAACCAUGGCUCUAUGGGGAAUUAAAAUUUUGUCAAAUCAAAAUCAGUUUCAAUUUCAGCCGUCCUGGUUCUUGGUUCCCUGAUACCAAGACAGUGUUCUUUCAAUGAAAUUCUCAGUCGAGGGAUCUCUUAUAGUAUACAAGAGAAGGAGUAGGUCGUUACUCUUCGCGGAUGAAAAAACGGCCCUUAAUUGCCAACGCAGCUAACGAUCUCGCGUCUCGUGUCUGUUGCAGAACGCAAUCGUAACGAGAAUCUCGCCGAAAAAUAAGAAAGAAGGACUAAAAUAGAGAAAAAAAAACGAGCCGAAAGGAAUUCGUGGACGAGGAACACGAUUCGACCGUCCUGGAUUCCAUUUCUCGCGACCAUGCCCAGCUUCCAUGGGAACGAUUCGAUUCGAUUCGUUUCCUUUCCGCUCGAUUCUCCCGCUCGGAAUACACUCGGGUCGUCUUGGCCCUUGUUGUCCUCGUUAUCGCGAGAUUUCGUUCCUUCUCGAAGGAGACGCCGAUCCCUCGAGCGUUCUCGACUGAAACAAUACGGGCUCGAUGAUACCUGUCCGUUCGCGUAUUUAUAAUAGCCUAGAUGAACUCGUUCUCGUUGAUCGAAGAGGAAUCGAAGUGUUCAAUGACCCGAUGUCGUGUCGACUCUUUCAGUUCGAAGACGAUGGUGUACGAUUACACCCUUAGGAAUUAGAGACAGAGAGAUAAUUUAUUUUUAAAUCGUUUCUUAAUGAAGGGAGCUCUUUUGUUUAGGAGUUUGGGUAUCUAAAUUUAUUAGAAGUAAGUUUGGAUCAAAAAUGGUUAUUCAAGGGUUAAAUGUGUAGCCAUGAAUUAAUUUUUCAAAUUAUAAUCUGAAGCAUACACCCCUAAUUUUAAAUUACAUUAAAAAAUGAAUAUCCUCAGAAAAAUAUUGUCUCGGUAAAAGUAAAAUGCUUCUUGCUCCUUUCACAUCGAAUUGAAAUCUUACAAAGGUUCACAAUUUGAUUAUCCUCCACGAUUUCUCGUCUGAAAGGUAGUAACUCGAACCCUAGGAAACAUAUCUCAAGAAGCUACCAUUACUCGAGAGAAGAUGGUGAAAUUCAGCUCGAUAACAAAAGAGGGUUUCGUGUAGAACGCGAGAAGAAAAUUUUCCUCGAGAAAUAUCCGCGACACGUGUCGGAUAACCGGGGGCUGAAAGGGUUGAACACUGAGUACCGAUUCUUCCAAGCAAAAGAUAAUCCUCUGAAGUGGACGAGCUUCUCUCGUGAACAUUAGUCGCGUUAGAUAGAAGAAAAAAAAUAAUGCAUGUUUGUAUGUAAAUUCUCGAUUCGUGGAUUUAAGAAGACAAUAGUACUAUUCCGUGUGAAUUUUCACGCUAAAAUUCCGCGUGGCAUCAUCUUUAUGAUAGAAAAGUCGAACAAAAGCCGGAUUUGUCGUGAAACAAUUAGAAGAAGAAGAAGAGACCGGUAGAAUUCUAUUCGCUGUUCUUCGAUCUUCUUUUUUUAUUUAUUGUAUUUCAUAUCGAUCGUGUCACGAUUCAUUCCGUGAGUCUUUCUUCUGCCUCGAAUUCGAAAGAGGAAGAUUCUAUUCGACGAUGGGGAAGAGCAGUGUACGUUGUACCAUUGUAAGAUAGUUUCCAUUAAAUCGUUAGAGACGAUUAUUAUUAUUAUAAUAACUGUGUGUCAUGAUCGAAGUUGACCUAAAAUUAUUCGAUCGAGUAAUCGCGUUCGUUUUACUCAAUCGCAAUCGCUUCUCAAUCAAAGAAUCUUCGUACGCUGAACACGAUUUUCUCUUUUUAUACUUACCGAAAUGUAUUCGUUCGGACGAUGUUUUUAUAUGAACCCUCGAUUAUCUGCCAGUAUUCCACGUCCCGUAUGCCUUUUUAUACGGACUUUCGAACGUACAAAAUUCUAUUGUAAAAGAUUUUUUACCCUGUAUCCUGCGCGUUUGAAUUUGAAUGCGAGCUGCCGCGUUAGAUGUGGGACAACGUCGAGUCUGCUAAUUUGAGAAAUAACUCCUCCAACGAUGGAAAUUGAAAUUUAAUUCUAGGAUUGUUCUUCAUUUUAAUUUUCUGAAUUUUAGACUACUCGUAUUUUUGUAUGGUGGCAAAUGAAAUUUAAUUUUGAGAUCAUUAUUCGUUUUAAUUUUCUGAAGUUUGGAUUAUUCCUUUGAAAUUUGGGCUUCUUUUAUUAGAAAUUAUUAUUGUCCCACAAAUAGCGUGCUAAAAUACUUCUUCCUCCAGUUUACAUGUAUCGUUAAUAUUAAAAAAAGCAAACGAAUGCGUUUGAGUGGAGUCUUGCGUUAAUCUAACGCAAUUUCUAAUGGCUACGUGAUUCUAUAAUUGAAACUGAAUAAGAACUGUUACGAUUUAUUUAAUGAAAAAAUUCUACGAAAGGAAACUGCUAUCUGUGUACAUAUAUCCUCGGAUAUGAAACAGUCUACUGUUGUAACAACGUUGAUGAGCAUUUAAUAUGAACUCGUUAAAUUAUUGAAUGGCAAUCGCAAAAGAGUACGCCGUGUUAUGUUUUAAAUGCUCUAGAGUCUUUAUUUAUUGUACAAAAAUAAAAGAAUGCUCGAUAUAAAGAUGAAUAAAUAAAAUGAAAUAUAUAUAUAUAAUAAUACGAUCUAGUACCUAAUACGAUGUAAUCGUAUGCUUAUUAUGUGUAUAAAUAUGAAACAAUAAAGAGAUCACUUGGACGGUUUCUGAGAA